UGAUGUCUAUUUUUGGCAUUUGUAGGGGCAAUUUUCUCCUCGUUUCUUUGUGUUUUUCGCAUUUUCGCCCCAAAUAUUUUCAUUUUUCAUUAUAAUUUCCCCAGAUAUAAUAUGUGAGCAUCACAGAUCUAUGGCACAACCGUGAGCGUGUCAAUUUUUUUCCGGUCUCGAUGGACGACGUUUUCCAACUUGCUUUCCAGCAUAUUUCGCUGCUCAGCUUCGAGGUUUCGUAUUCCCUCGAGCGCAACGGGAAAUUUCUGUUUUAAAGAUGAAAUAAGAGGGGGGGAACCCACUGGAAAGAGAGUCAGAAAUUGGGCCCGUAUAGCGCGGGGGAUUUUCAGCGACUGGAAGGUCUGGAAUUCCUGCAAGGUGGUCUCAAGGCUCCAUGGAUUGUGAAAGAAGCGUCAAUUAAUUCUCAGAAUCGCUGAGGUGAGACAUUGCGCUUCUUUCCCAGACGAGAAGGGUUCCGGUCACUGCUCCCCAUCACUGUCGCUCUGCUGACCCUCGCCAGGCAUCAUGGGUACAGUGCUGUCCCUCUCCCCCAGCUACCGCAAAGCAGCCCUGUUCGAGGACGGCCCGGCUACUGUGGGUCACUACACGGCGGUGCAGAACAGCAAGAAUGCCAAAGAUGCGGCGGCAGCUGCCGCCAAAUCCCUCAAACGCCCCUCCAUCAUCAGUGUGCUGCCAUGGAAACGUAUUGUGGCCGUAUCAGCCAAAAGAAAGGGCUCUAAGAAGCUGCAGUCGGAUGGCGGCGAUGGUGGGAAGGGAUGCUCGCCUGAUGCGGACGACUCCAUCACCACUAAUUCGGCUUCUAACAGUUUGAAGCUGAAGAAGUCACAAUCCUGCGCAAAUCUUUCCGCUUACUCCUCCUGCCAGGAUCCCUCAGCCACUGCCUUGACUACCUCCUCCCACCUUCCCACCUCCAAGACCCUCAUUAACGUAGCUACUGUCGCUGCCAAAAAGAAUUCCCUAACUGGCUCCGGGAUCCAGCCUCCAACUGCAGUUGGCACGCCAAAGCGUGUCAUUGUUCAGGCCUCCACCAGCGAGCUGAUGCGUAGCUUGGGCGAAUUCCUGUGCCGCCGCUGCUACCGUCUAAAGCGUCUCUCGCCGACCGAUCCGGUGCUGUGGCUGCGCAGCGUGGACCGCUCCCUCCUCCUUCAGGGUUGGCAGGAUCAGGGCUUUAUCACUCCGGCCAACGUGGUCUUCCUCUACAUGCUGUGCCGCGACGUGGUCUCCGCCGAAGUGGCCUCGGAGCGCGAGCUGCAGGCCUCGCUGCUCACAUGCCUCUACCUGUCCUACUCCUACAUGGGCAACGAGAUCUCGUACCCGCUGAAGCCCUUCUUGGUGGAGGCCGAGAAGGAAGCGUUUUGGGACCGUUGCUUGGAGAUCAUCAACCGCAUGAGCGGCAAGAUGCUCCAGAUCAACACCGACCCGCACUUCUUCACCCAGGUGUUUGCUGACCUGAAGAAUGAGAGCAAGAAAGAAGAGGAGAAGACCAAACUCUUUAUAGGCCUUGACCGAUAAAAGGACACAGAAAAAAAGGAUGUGGGAAUUGAAGGGUUUGAUAUAUGGAGGACUACUGUAAUACAGUGUAAAGCUACUUUGAAACAAUGGUGUUGUCUGGCGUCUCUAAAGUUCAGAACACGGCACCUGAAACGUAGUACUCAUCUAAAUGUAGUCAUUACUACCAUCUAUGUUAAACCUAUUUAAAUUUUAUUCGACUAUCAGUGGCUGUCCAAUCAUGUCAUUCUUCGGCUGUGAAUUUCAAUGAGUUCAUCACAAGUAAACGUCCAAUCCAUUUGAACAAUGGCGUCGCUGGCGUCUUUCGGGGAUCCAAGGGAGAAAUACCUGGACCCCUCACCCCACCUGAAAACAAUGUAUAAGCGCACAUCAAAAGAAAACAGACACAUUUUAGAGGAGUAAACAUUUCAUACUAGACAAUUCAAUUUCUGAGAAAUUGCAAGGGUAGCUACGCUUUGGCAGGUAAACCCCUUGGUUCACUUCCUGUUGAUAUUUUGGCGUACAUGGACGUCAAUGGCAUCGACCUACAUAUGCGUCAAUAGAAUCAACAUACAGUGGUACCUUUACAUACAUAUUAUUCCAGGACCUGAUUUGUAUGUCGAAAUGGUUGUUCGUCAAGCAGGAUUUUACCAUAAAAAUACAUUAUAACUGGAUUAAUUCGUUCCACAGCCCAAAAACCUACACCCAAUCUUUGAUAAAUUCUGCUGGUACAAUUACAAAUAGCAAUUACACAUAGCAAAACAAAUAAAUAAUAAAUACAAAUGAUAAUAAUGUAGCAAAUUAGUUUCUAAUGUGGCGGUUGUGUUUUGCAUGCUGCAACUGAAGGCACCGUGUCACUGACGAGAACGUGAGAGAGGUGCGGUAGAGUUUUUACCUUCUCUUGUCAUAUUCUGUUGGUGUCAGUGUUGCACAAGUUCUGAAAUAAAUGAUUAAGAACCUAACGAAACUGCCGGUUUCCUUGCCGAUGUUACAGCAAUAAUAAUAAUGAUAACGAGAGUCGUCCUCGAGAUCAUAGACAUAUUCCAUCCAGAUUGUUGAGUCAGUUCACUGACGUGCACACCACUCUCAUAUUUUUCUACCAUUUCCUUCUUAAUUUGAAUGGCAAGCGUCACCUUUUUCCUUUUUUUUAAAAAAUCACCUACACUAACCAUCUUGAGACCCAUAUUGAGUUCACAAGAAAAUCCGCCGUGCGGCCAUCUUGCUUGAUAACAAUGUAAUUGCGGUGCUGUCAUAAAUCGGCGUAUUUCGAGCAUGUCGUCAUUUGUCGAGACAAAUGAUGACUCAAAUUUUACGUUGGAUGUCGAAAGGAUCGUAUGUCGAGGUACCAGUGUACAUGGUAGUCAAGGGCAUGGACGUACAUGGCAGUCAAUUGUAUUGACUUACUUGGGUGCCUGUUGAAUGUCAAUGGGCUGUAUUGGUAAGUGUUAGGUCAAAAAUCACAACCACCCAUGUUUUUCUGCCAUUGAAAAUGAAGGGAAAUUUUUGGCAAAGCUACCAUCAAUUAUCAAUAAGUAUAAUAAAUAUAAUAAAUGUACACACUUAAAGGGGCAGUUCGGAAUUUUUGACAUCAGGCUUAAUCUUCGAGUUAGGGGGGCUUUAAUUAGUCAGUGGAGUUGAUUUUUAAAAAAUGAGUGCAGUUUGUUAGUUUAUUUUUUAUUUUAUUUUUUUUCAGAGCACCGGAAUGGCUAAGCUAAUGCAAGUCAAUAGUCCCCUCUUAGCGUGCCAAUAAAACAAAAUAUGCACGCAGGAGAAUCACCGAUGACACAUGCAAUCAAUAGUGUUGGCUAUGUUUUCAGGAUAAAGUGAUUAAAACUUACCAUUGCAUUUCAAUAACGGCAGAACGAACAGCAACAUUAGUACCGUAUUGGCCCGAAUAUAAGACGGCCCUGAUUAAAAGACUACCCCCUCUUUUUCAAGACUCAAGUUUGAAAAAAGACAUUUUGAACACCAAAUUCAUUUUUAUACAGAAAAUAAUUACAGUACAUCUGAAACAAAUGAUUAUAACAACAUAUUUCAGAGAAAAAACAUGCUAUUUUGCCUCAUUCAAAUCUUAAUAUCUGAACAUUUAAAUAUGUAAACUAAAGUGCAACACCAUUUGUAAAUGAAUGGCUUCUGGUUUAUGAAAUGUAAAUAAACCAAUCUAUUGUGAUAAAACAACAAAAUUCCAAUAACUGCAUUAACUAUCAAAGUGAAGUCUAACUGUAACUGUAGUCUUGAAACAAAUCUGAAUAAGGAAGAACAUUGCAAUAAAAUAAAGCAAACUGGUCAAACUUGCGAGUAGCUGAGAUCUGUCAUGACAGAACAUCACUUCAAUGAUAUCUGGCGCCAUCUAGCGUCGUGAAUGGGAAUAAUGUUUAGACCACGAAUAUAAGACAACCCCCACUUUUUCAGUCUUAUUUCAAUGCAAAAAACGUCUAAUAUUUGGGCCAAUACGGUAAUUCAGCUGCUUUUCAGAGAGUGAGCAAGCAGGCCGGAAGGAUAUCAGAUUGGUUAUUUCAACGCAGAUUUUUUUGUGUU